CCCCAAGCAACCGGCGCGUCCCCGCCCGGCGGUCAGCUGAUGGGCCGCCCGCGGGGGAGGCCGCGGCGCGAACAUGGCGGCCGAGAUCCACUCCAGGCCGCAGAGCAGCCGCCCGGUGCUGCUGAGCAAGAUCGAGGGCCACCAGGACGCCGUCACGGCGGCGCUGCUCAUCCCCAAGGAGGACGGCGUGAUCACCGCUAGCGAGGACAGAACCAUCCGAGUAUGGCUGAAAAGAGACAGCGGCCAGUACUGGCCCAGCAUCUACCACACAAUGGCCUCUCCUUGCUCUGCUAUGACAUACCACCACGACAGUCGACGGAUAUUUGUGGGCCAGGAUAAUGGGGCUAUAAUGGAAUUUCACGUUUCUGAAGAUUUUAAUAAAAUGAAUUUUAUCAAGACCUAUCCAGCCCAUCAGAACCGCGUGUCUGCUAUCAUCUUCAGCUCGGCCGCCGAGUGGGUGAUCAGCACGGGCCAUGACAAGUGUGUGAGCUGGAUGUGCACACGCAGUGGGAACAUGCUUAGCCGUCACUUCUUCGCGUCCUGGGCUUCUUGCUUGCAGUAUGAUAUGGAUACUCAGCAUGCUUUUGUGGGCGAUUACUCGGGACAGAUCACCCUGCUGAAGCUGGAGCAGAACACCUGUUCAGUUAUCACGACCCUCAAGGGACAUGAAGGUAGUAUCGCCUGCCUUUGGUGGGACCCCAUUCAACGGUUACUCUUCUCAGGAGCAUCUGACAACAGCAUCAUCAUGUGGGACAUCGGGGGAAGGAAAGGCCGCACACUUCUCCUUCAGGGCCACCAUGACAGAGUACAGUCACUGUGCUACCUGCAGCUCACGAGGCAGCUUGUCUCCUGCUCCUCAGAUGGUGGGAUUGCAGUGUGGAACAUGGAUGUUAGCAGAGAAGAGGCUCCCCAGUGGUUGGAAAGUGAUUCCUGUCAGAAGUGUGAGCAGCCCUUCUUCUGGAACAUAAAGCAAAUGUGGGACACGAAGACGCUGGGGUUGAGACAGCAUCACUGCAGAAAAUGUGGGCAGGCCGUCUGCGGGAAGUGCAGCAGCAAGAGAUCCAGUUACCCAGUCAUGGGCUUCGAGUUCCAGGUCCGAGUUUGUGAUUCCUGUUAUGACUCCAUCAAAGAUGAAGAUCGGACUUCUCUAGCAACAUUUCAUGAAGGAAAACAUAACAUUUCCCAUAUGUCCAUGGACAUUGCAAGGGGACUGAUGGUGACCUGUGGAACAGAUCGUGUUGUAAAGAUAUGGGAUAUGACUCCUGUGGUGGGCUGCAGUCUGGCAACUGGAUUUUCUCCACACUGAUCCUGGAUAUCAGCUACACUUGGCGUAUGCACAGCGACCUCCAUGAAACAAAACCCUUUCAUGUAGCUCAACAGCCACUGUCAUGUAAAUGGACAGUAACCACCUAAGCAACAAAUCAACAUUUUUAAAAAGAAAAAUAUAUAUAAAAAGUAUGUUUUGGGGUACUUGUGGAAAUUAUCUGUGGGGACUAACACCUAAAAGGUCUGUUCAUAAUGGUCUCCUAAGGAAUGGUAUUUCCUCAGCAAAACUGCCUCAAGAACAUUGAACCAAUGGGUAAGAGGAUUAAUCCAUCAAAUGAAGGUUUCAGAGGGGAAAUUUUUAACAAAAAAGGUGAAUGCUUAGAACGCAAACCUGUGAGCACACAUGGAGUCUACUGAGAGGGUCCUUGGAGGCCCCUGAGGAUCCUCUGCUAUCCAAGUAGGAGUUGGAGGAAGGGUUGUCUCCUUCUUCAGGGGAGUUGGUAGGGUGUAAGAACCCCGAGCUUCCUCCCUACAGGCUGGCCGUUCGUGAAUGUUCUCCACAGUGAGUUGCUGAUACACAACUUCCAGGUACCUCUUCCCAUCAGGUUGAGCCAUAUCUGCUCUUGGAUGUGGCUCACUGCAGUUGUCUCUCUCCCAGCCAGUGUCCCAUGGGUGAACCUCAGCCCACAUUUGCCCCCUUCUCCCAGACCUGCUCUGUGGACAAAGCCUUUUUAUGGUGCUGUUGUAAAAGCCUCCUGACAUGUUUUUCCUCAUUGCUAGUCAUGACCCAUGGCAAACCCAGCUACCAGCAUGGUGGUGAUGAAUGCCAUCAGCCUGGUCCAUGCAACAGCCAGUCCUGCUAACAGAUACAUUUGUCUGCAGUCCCAAAAACAGCCCCUGUGAUACAGUAGCAAUUUAUGCCCCUUAGAAAAAAGUACUCUGAAGCUUUUAUAGUGUAUUAUGUUGUAGUUGUGACUAGUUGUUGUUCAUGUUUCAUAGGAAGAAAUUGGUGGCUGAUUGCUAAAAUUAUCAGUCAAGUCUUGUGUAGUAAUCCCUAACUUGUAAACACGUCUCAUAUUUGGGAAAACUGAUGUACAAAAUGCAUUUUCACCAGAUUGCCGGGUGAGGAGCAGAAGCAGGAUGGAAAGUCUGCAGAGACUGUUCAGAUGUCUCCGUACAUUUGUGUUAACAGUAGCACAUGAACUAUUCCAGCAGAAGUGUGGGAGCUGGAAAAGGCUGAAUAAUGAAGGGCCACAGCAUCUCUGUGACUCUGGCUAAUGGGUAUGGACUAAAAAUCUCGAUGUUGUUCUGUGUUGAAUUACAUCAAGCGCAGGGCCGUUUGGCCUAAGGGACUAAAUAGGUUUUAUUAACAUGGCUUACAGAGAGGGAAAGUUUACCACAGGCAGUAAAAUCAGGGUGCCCCAGUGGCCAUGACACAAACAAUGAGGAAAGGAAAUGCAGUCAGCCGUUCCGGGCCCCAGCCUUGCACUGAGAGCUCUUUGUCUUCAGAAGAAGUACCAAAGGGUUCUGUCGCCCCCUUUGAAUUCUUGUCAUGGCGCCUUAACUGGUGACCCUUCACUAGGUUCUGCUUAUACUCUAGAAGAUAGGUAUUGCUAACGUGCUUUGGAAAGAGACUGAGUGAAGCUUUGAAACCACAAUGUAGAACGUUCUCCUGCUUACUUUAGUUCAGUCCUUGGUUCUGCUUAUGCCAAGGGAACUAGAACAUGAUGGAGUCAUUGCCCUGUGGAACAGUGCCGAGCCCUGUGUGGUUUUGUUUUCCUUAAAAUGUCUGUAAAAUGUGACUUUUGGACAUCUGUGGUAGCUUGAACUGAAUAUACUUUUCAAGCUUUUUUAGUUUGAAAGCUUCUUGGUAUUAAAGCCUGUGCAGCAUAGAGAGCAUGAGGUUGGUUUGAGCUUUCUAAGGGGCCGCUAGGAAUCAAAGAAGACAUUUAUAUUUAAGGAAGAAUUAGGGCAGGGGACCUUAGGAAGGAAUGCAGACUGUUUGAAUGCAGUUUGCUCCUCACUUGGGUCUGUGAUCACUUCUUUCAAAAGUGUUCGUGUCAGGCUUUUCCUGUGUGUCACGUCAGGUAGCAAAUGGGGUCAUAUUUCUUAUAGAGGGUGAAAAUUAUAUCCUCAAGUUUACUGGCUGGUCACAUGAGGAAGGCACAGUAAGACUCAUGCUUUUUGCCUUAUUUGGACUCUGUUGCAAAAUGGGUCUCUUAAGAUAGUUCCUCAAGUAACAGCUACCGUCUUUUCCAUCCCAGAAUUCUCGAGCUAAUUUGUACAAACAAGGGUCAAGCAGUACAGAAUGCUAGAGAAGAGCCUUGACCUUAGAUCUAGUGUGUAAUAAAGUGAUGCAAGUCUUUACUCUCAACAUGUUCUUCAAUGGUCCUAUACUAGAUGGUCCCAGUGAUAGCAAUAGGCCUGUACAUUGGUAGAAACCACUUUUUAUUCACUAGGUUGUAACUGUUUACUAUGUCCUGUACUUCACUUGCUGCCUAGAGGACAUCAACAAACACUUGCUCUAGAGUCUGUCACUUUGUUCUCCCUCACAAUGAUUCAUUUUGUUAGCAUCUAUAUUUAUUAAACUGUCACAACCAACCCAAAUACACAAUAAAUAAAAUAGCAACUCAGACCCAAGAAGAUAUUUUUGAAAAUCAGUGUUUCAUGAAAGUACUAUUGAUAUCUCCUCAAUGACAAGAAUCCAGCUGCUAUUAAUGAAAAUGAUCUGCUCAUUAUAAAUGGGAGGCUUAACAAAUAAGUAAUACAUGCUAAUUUCUAAAAGUGUCUAAUGCUUAAUUGUUAAUUGUGAGCAAAGUAUUGAAUGUCUUAUCUGUUUUCUGCAGUUUACUAUACAGUAACUCUUGAGUAAGUUGAAGUUUAAUUAUGUAGCAAAAUUUCUAUCAGAGAACAAUUUAAAGUGUUUCUGUAGCCCUUUUUGACUUGGAAAACAAAAGGUGACAUUAAGUAAUCCAAUUUGUCCUUGUACAGCUAUGUUUCCCUAUAAUAAUGUGUCCUGUGUAUCCCAGAGAGGCUGGAAAAUUUUUUUCGUUCUAUUUGUGGGUUCGUUUUUGUGGAGCUUUUUUUGUUGGGUUUAUUUUUUUUUUUCCUGAGAACAUGCAUAUAAUAAAAUCUCCCUUGCUUGUUA